CAGGCCACAGCAAGCCCGUCCCAGCACGAAGCGCAGCGUGCAGAGUGGUUGUGCACCUUGACUUGGACUGCUUUUAUGCCCAAGUAGAAAUGAUCCGUAAUCCUGAAUUAAGAGACAAGCCUUUAGGCGUUCAACAGAAAAACAUCGUCGUUACCUGCAACUAUGAAGCCCGAAAGCUUGGAGUUAAGAAACUGAUGGCAGUGAGGGAUGCUAAGGAGAAGUGUCCUCAGCUGAUACUGGUUAACGGAGAAGAUCUGACUCCCUACAGAGAAAUGUCCUACAAGGUUACAGAGUUGCUGGGGGAGUUUUGUCCGCUGGUGGAGAGGCUUGGGUUUGAUGAAAAUUUUGUGGAUAUCACAGAGAUUGUAGAGAAAAGACUAAACCAGCUACAGCGAAGCGGCUGUUGCAGAGUCUGCGUGCGUGGCCACGUGUACAACAACCAAACUAUUAAUUUGCACGAUACAACGCACCUCAGGUUAGUUGUUGGCUCCCAGGUUGCAGAAGAGUUCAGGGAAGCCAUAUAUGCAAGGCUGGGCCUCACAGGCUGCGCAGGAGUGGCCUCGAACAAAUUAUUGUCCAAACUGGUUUCAGGGACCUUUAAACCGAAUCAGCAAACGGUUCUCCUGCCUGAAAGCUGUCCAGAUUUACUACGCAGCCUUGACCACAUCCAAAAAGUGCCUGGCAUUGGCUACAAAACCGCCCAACGCCUUGGAGCGCUGGGCGUUAGGAAGGUGUGCGAUCUCCAGGCGUUUCCAGCGGCGGCGUUAGAGAAGGAAUUGGGUGCUGGGAUCGCUCAGCGUAUCCAAAAACUCAGCUACGGAGAGGAUGAAUCCCCAGUGACUCCAUCAGGCCCUCCUCAGUCUUUUAGCGAUGAAGAUUCCUUUAAAAAAUGUUCAACGGAAGUGGAGGUUAAAGAGAAAAUUGAAGAGCUGCUUCCUAACCUAUUAGACAGAAUAUCCAAAGAUGGGAGGCAGCCCCACACCGUCAGACUGACCAUACGCCAGUUCUCCGCAACCGAGAAGUGGUUUCAUCGGGAAAGCCGCCAGUGUCCUGUUCCACCUCAUCUCAUCCCCAAGUUUGGAAAAGAAAGCAGCAACAUUAUAUCCCCGUUGGUCGAUGUCCUGAUGAAACUCUUUCGGAAGAUGAUAGACGUAGAUCUGCCGUUUCACCUUACCCUUCUGAGCGUCUGCUUCUCCAACCUCAAAGAUCUUCCUCGCAGCGAGAAAGGAUCCAUUGGUUUCUAUCUAAAACAGAUGUCACCACCAUCAGGCUCUGGAAAACGCAUCCGG